AUGUCAGAAAUCGCACCCGCUACGAUGCCACGGCCAGUAGCGACGGCGUCACCCAGCCCAACGGCCAGUAGCCCCUCGGUCAUUUCGCCCAAGCCCAUUCUUGUGGCAAAAACCCCGCCCGACGCCGGCUCGGCGACACCCACACCAGGGCCUGCAACUGCCUCGGCCGGCGUGGUGAAGCUUCAAGUGAAGAAAAAGUAUGUUCUUCCACCCCGACCAAAGCCUGGACGUAAGCCGUCGGCUGAAACGCCGUUGAACAAACGCAAAGCACAGAAUCGCGAAGCACAACGGGCCUUCCGCGAGAGGCGGGCAGUUGCUAUUCAGGAUCUGGAAAAGAAACUCAACGAAGAAUCAAGGCGCCAUGCGAGCGAUUAUAAAAACAUGACGAGCAUGAUCCGGCAACUCAUGCAAGAGAAUGAGCUGCUCAAAAACCGAAUGGCCCAACAGCCCCCGCCGGCUUCUUUCCCCCCGCCAAUGUCUCCUGCUGCAUCGGCGAUGUCUCCUGGACAAUCGCCGUACGAUGCUGGAUUUUCGCCGUCGCAAUUCACCUAUAUGAUUGUUGCUUCUCCGGCCGCCACGACUACAGCAACGGCAGCUACCCAGAACGUUGGCCGAUCUCCGCUCGACAUGCUGGAUAAGGUCCUGGAUGAAAAGCUACCGGAUCCGUCUACACCCAAGAGAUCUCCUGAGCAGCUGAUUUCUAGCUCUCGGCGCCCUUCAAUUGUUGCAAAUGUGUCCAAGGGCUCCCACACAAAGCCGUGCGGCGGUCCUCCGCCAUGCGAUGGUUUGGCCCUUACCAACACGAAUUGGGCUGCUCCUGCGGUACCACUGCACCGUCGACUUAGCUCGCUCGAAACAGACUUUACUCAACGGUUCAAGAAAACUCAGCCCCGGCGUUUGCCUCAGUCGCCGUCCUGGGGGGAUGUGUUUUCCCCCGACGCGCCAUCGCCAGGAUUUGAGCGACCUGAAGAGAAAGAAAGGUGUGGGUUCUGCACCGAUAAUACCCCCUGUGUAUGUGCAGAGGCCGCUGCUCGGGAGCGAGCCAAUAUGUCUGAUAUUGAAACACUGGGCGACAAUCUUCCCUUGGUCACUGACUUGAGCAUUCAGACGCCAUCUUUCGAUGAGCGACCACAGAUGCAGCCAGCUCCUUCCCAAAUCGGAGUGAAAGAGUGCAGUGGGAAUCCAGGGACCUGCACUCAGUGCCAGCAGGACCCGAUGUCGACGUUGUUUUGUGCUACCCUGGCGGCCAAAGGCGCAGCAGCUCCCGCGAAUGGCACAUUUAUUCCUGCCCAGGCGGCCUACCAAACACUGUCACGUCACGAGCGCUUCAAUUCUGCUGAUUUCAGCCAACUUGUGUCAUCAUUGCAAACUAGAGGUACUCAGGUUGAAGUCAAUAGCGUAGCGAAGGUCCUUCGCAUGCUCGACGGACGGCUUUACAGCGGCUAG